UUUUCUUGGUGGAGGGGUCCAAACCAGACAUCGUCAAAUCGAGAAAAGAGGGAGGCCGUUCUACUUGCUCACUCGACAUCUCCUCUCUCUACUUCUCACUCACUCACUCUCCCUCUCUCGUGGUCUGUGUGUCUCUCUCUAUUCGCCUUCGGGCUUCUUACGUCCUGCCGUGUCGCCUCGACAUGCCACACGGUCCUUCUAUCUGCCUGACCACCAGAGAAGAUACGCGGCCUGCUUUUACCGCUUUCUACGAAAGCAUCACAUAGAGCAGCUUACUGAUUCCCUACUUGGGGGCUGGUGAUGCGUUGAUACCUCGUCCUCCUCCGUCACCCCUCGCCCUCAUCCUCGCCCUCUCCCUCCUCCCAAAUCGAAUAAGAAAAUGCUGUCAGCAUCCGUCCCUAGCGGCUAUGGCACGCCGGUCGCUCUCUGCCGGCAGUGCCGCCUGCGAUCUCUAACUAGGGUGCGACAGCAGUCCAGACCGAUAACGUUGGCCGUCCUGGCGCGCCGGAAGAAGAUGGAGGAGGAUUGGACGGCCAAGGCCCAAUUGAUCCGUAAGGGCGAAGUGCCUCAUCUCUGGAACCUACUUAAGGAGCGUGGAUAUGUCAAGCAAAUCGCUGGCACCGAAGAACAGAUCAGCGAGCUCAUGAGACUGAAGAGGAUAGGCGCCUACGUCGGAAUCGACCCUACCGCGCCCUCUCUUCACAUCGGCCACCUCCUCCCGCUGAUGCCCCUGUUCUGGAUGUACAUGCACGGCCACCGCGCCGUUUCUGUCAUCGGCGGCGCCACCGUCAAGAUCGGCGACCCUACCGGUCUUCUGAAGGCUCGCCCGAGGAUGGCGAAAGCGGACAUUACGAUGAAUAUCACCAAGAUCCACUACCAGCUGAAGCGAAUAUGGCAAAACAUCGAUGUAUUAGCCAACCUUCACGGUUACAAAAAGGAGUCUAAGAUUUGGAGUCGCGCCCUGCUGAACAACAGCCAGUGGUACAACACCCUUUCUCUCAUCGAGAUUGUGGCCGACUUGUUUAGAGGGGUGAGAGUCAGCACCCUGUUGUCGCGUGAUACCGUCAAGAAGAGGCUGGCAUCGGGCGACGGCAUGUCCCUGGCCGAGUUCAUAUACCCCACGAUGCAGGCCUGGGAUUGGUGGCACAUGUUCAAAUCGACUGGCGUACAAAUGCAGAUCGGCGGCUCCGACCAGUACGGGAACAUCGUGACUGGCAUCGAGUGCUUCAAGUACAUCCGCGACCACGAGCCGGAUCCACAUGAGCGGUUCCCCAAAGACGCCCUACACGAUCCUGUCGGCUUUACCGUACCUCUCCUCACCGACGCUGCCGGCAACAAGUUUGGGAAGACCGCCGGCAACGCCCUUUGGUUUGACCCCUACAUGACAAACCCGUUUGACUUGUACGGCUAUUUUAUGCGGCAACCGGACGACGAGAUCGAGAGUCUGCUGAAGCUGUUUACCUUCAAGUCCUCGGAGCAGAUCGCCGAGAUAAUGGAGAAACAGGUCAAGGACCCCCCCGCGCGCGUCGCCCAUCACGCUGUCGCGUUCGACGUAAUUAGCCUGGUUCACAGCGCCGAAAUCGCCCAGUCAACCCAACUGGAGCACCGUGGGAUAUUCUCGGUAACAAAACCCAAUACCGAAUCCUACCCGACAGAAGGCCCGGCCUCGGCUGAAAAGGCGGCGUCCUUCCAGGCCCACAUCCAGCUCCCCGAGUCUCUCAUUCUAGGCAAAUCCAUCAGUCGUAUCCUGCACGCCGCCGGCCUCGCCGAAAGCAUUACCGAAGGCCACCGCCUGACGAAGCAGCAGGCCGCCUACGUCGGGGGCGCGCCGGGGCAGCCGGCGGCGACCAACAAGGGCAUGUCGUACGGCGAGCUGAUGUUCACGCCGGUGAAGAACUGGUUCCCGACAGACACGCGCAACUUCCUGAUAGACGGAAAGCUGCUGAUCCUGCGGCGGGGGAAGCACUUCAUCCGGGUGGUGGAGAUGGUGAGCGACGAGGAGUGGGCUCGGACCGGGAAGAUGUACCCGGGGGAGCCGGGGACGGGACGGGUGCGGGUCCUGCGCAAGGUGCUGAAGGAGCUGGCCGACCAGGAGGGGCUCCAGCUGACCCACAAGAACAUCAAGACGCUGAUGGAGCGCGUCGAGCAAAGCUUCCUACGCCACCAGAAAGGGGCCCCGCUGGAGAACACGCACUCCAUGACGCUGGAACGCGCGCGGGGGAUGAUCUCGAGCGCCUUCAAGGUCAGCCCCGACGCGGAGCCGCAGACCGAAGAGGCCAAGACCGAAAAGGCCAAGACCGAGGCCAUCAACAGGAUCAUAGACCAGGCGCACACGCGGAUGAAGAAUUUUGCGACGGAGAAGCUCUUGAUGUACGAAGAAGUGAAGCGGCGGUAGUAUAUAGCUUUUUUGCCUUGCUUCCCGGCUAUGGUGGUGGUGGUGGUGGUGGUGGUGGUG